UGAUUUAAGUCGGGAUUUUUAUUUUUUCCUUAUUGCCGCGUCUUCCCUCCGUCCAAAAGAAAUUUUGGCCGCAUAAAGCGGCUGGGCUCUCUACCUUCAGUUCGAUCUCUUAUUCGGCGCUUUCGUUCUCUGCGUUCAAAUGAAGGCUUAAGGGCUAGGACUCCUCAUAUCGAAAUCUCUGGGAGGCGCAGCAAUGGCGGCUUUGGAAUCAAUCGACGCGUUUCUCGCGGCGGCGAGCAGAGUCUGUUGCAGUCCUUUUGCCAUCUUCGUCCAGAUCCAGGGGUGCUUUAUUUGUUUAUUUCUGGCUUUAGGAUGGAGUUUUGCAGCCUUUGUGAGGAGUAGAGUAACACGGCGAAUUAAACACAAUAUUGAUGGUGGUAAUAGUUUUGGAUUUAUUUGUGAUGAUAUAAAUGAUCUUGAGCAUUCCGUUCAAGUAAACUUACCAAGAGUUUCAGUUGUCAUGCCCUUGAAAGGGUUUGGAGAGCACAAUUUGCAAAACUGGAGAAGCCAGAUUACUUCUCUUUAUGGUGGCCCCUUGGAAUAUCUUUUUGUUGUUGAAAGUGUUGAAGAUCCAGCCUACCCUCCUGUGUCUAUGCUAAUAUCAGAGUUCAAGGACAGUGUUAAUGCAAAGAUUGUUUUAGCGGGGCUGUCGACAACAUGCAGCCAAAAGAUUCAUAAUCAGUUAGUAUGUCGAUAUUUUUGGCGAUCUUACUUUGCAAAAACACUUUUACUUCUUGUUUUCUGCUCUUGUUAA